AUGAAUGGCUUCGAGGUGGCCUCCCCAGGUCUACUGCCCAACUCCUCCCUGGCCCCUGUGGAGCAAUGCGGCCAAGAGACGCCCCUGGAGAACGUCCUCUUCGCCUCUUUCUACCUCCUGGAUUUCAUCCUGGCUUUCGUGGGCAACGCCCUGGCCCUGUGGCUCUUCAUCCGGGAUCACAAGUCCGGCACCCCGGCCAACGUGUUCCUGAUGCACCUGGCCGUGGCCGACCUGUCCUGCGUGCUGGUCCUCCCCACCCGCCUGGUCUACCACUUCUCAGGGAAUCACUGGCCGUUUGGGGAGAUCCCAUGCCGGCUCACGGGCUUCCUCUUCUACCUCAACAUGUAUGCCAGCAUCUACUUCCUCACUUGCAUCAGCGCUGACCGCUUCCUGGCCAUCGUGCACCCCGUCAAGUCCCUGAAGCUCCGCAGGCCGCUCCACGCCCACCUGGCCUGCGCCUUCCUCUGGGUGGUGGUGGCCGUGGCAAUGGCCCCGCUGCUGGUGAGCCCGCAGACCGUGCGGACCAACCACACGGUGGUCUGCCUGCAGCUGUACAGGGAAAAGGCCUCCCAGCACGCCCUGGCGUCCCUGGCCGUGGCCUUCACCUUCCCGUUCGUCACCACCGUCACCUGCUACCUGCUGGUCAUCCGCAGCCUGCGGCAGGGCCCGCGCGUGGAGCGGCGCCUCAAAAACAAGGCGGUGCGCAUGAUCGCGGCGGUGCUGGCCAUCUUCCUGGUCUGCUUCGUGCCCUAUCACGUCCACCGCUCCGUCUACGUGCUGCGCUACCGCGGCCACCGCACCUCGUGCGCCGCGCAGCGCGCUCUGGCGCUCGGCAACCGCAUCACCUCCUGCCUCACCAGCCUCAACGGUGCGCUGGACCCCGUCAUGUACUUCUUCGUGGCCGAGAAGUUCCGAGAUGCCCUGCGCAGCCUGCUGUGUGGCAAGCGGCUCCCAGGGCCGCCGCCCAGCGCCGACGGGAGGACCAACGAGAGCUCGCUGAGCGCCAGGUCGGAGCUGUGA